AUGCAUCGCCUUUUCCGUGCGGCUCCUAUAGCUAGAGUGACAACUGCUAGCUAUUCUACCCAUCCCACCCGAGAUCUAAGAACCUCCACUCUUGUACCCCUAAUCGAGGUUACCAAACUAGCACUCGCCUCUGAUGCCUCUCACUUGAGAGACGUAUAUGAGACUCUUGAAGCUAAAGGUGUUCUUCAAGUACAACUGGGGUUUAGUGACGAGAAUAGCACAUAUCUCCAGAGCCUGAUAUCCAACCUCCACAAAAAUCACCACCACGGUCUCCCAAUAUCCCACAGCGCCGAACGUGGUUGGUUCUGGGAUGUUCGGCCCUCCCCAGCGAGUUUUCAAAGCCAUGGACACCAAGCUCGAUCAGAGACUAUGUUUCGGUUCGAAUGGCAUACCGACUGCAGCUAUGAGGAGCAACCCCCACGAUUCUUUGCCCUUCAAGUCCUUCAGCCGGAUCGCUGCGGUGGUGGGACAUUAUCCGUGUUGAAUGUGGAUCGACUCCUCACCUUGCUUUCCCCUCUUGCACAACGAUGGCUCUCCAGCUGUAAUUACAAGAUCACCGUCCCUCUCGAGUUCACCAAAACUGCAGGGAAACAGCAUAUCGUGGGCAAUCUGCUCGCGGUGAACCCAAGGGGAAGUCUCGGUAGUCAAUUGCGGUUUCGGGAAGAUAUCACGAUUCCUUUGACUCUGGAUGCUAGCAAAGCCCUGGAUGAACUGAAAGAAAUUCUGUACAGCGGUGCCCAGGAAGAGACUCUCCAUCUGCCACCCCAGAGUCUCCCCCAAGGAUCAAUCAUCAUGAUGGAUAAUCGUCGAUGGCUACAUUCACGUAAUGAAGUCAAGGAUCCUAACCGACAUCUUCGGCGAGUCCGAUGGGAUGCGACACCCCAAAACCGGCGCAGUUAUAUCUCAAAGCUGAGCAACUGCUCCUCUUCAUGGCCAGUCGGAUCUUUGGAUGCAUCGUGUCCUUGCCCCAUGCUGAUCACCCAACGACAUGAUGAUGGCAUGAGAAACUUGCACCUCGCCCUGAAAUUGGCAAUCGGGGAUAUUGUCGGGCGAUGGUGGACAGAUGAUGAAGCCCGGUUUCCUCUGCGCAUGCCGUUGGAACCAGAAGAGGAAGACCUAUUGCGCUGGCUGGAUUCGAACCGAGACUUGCUUCCACCAUGGAAUGAGCGACAAGGAUCUUGGAGACCAGACUUUUUGGUAGAGAAAGAUGAAGCUGGUAUGGAGGUAUUCCGAAUUUGCGAGAUCAACGCCAGGUUCUGCUGGAAUGGCUACAUGCAUGCCGGAUUUGGUCAAGACUCACUUUCGGCAUUCAAUCUUGGGUCCCGGGGUCUGGUUCAUGCCGUGGAAGGUGAAACGAUCCUUGGUGGAUUGUUGGACCUAUUUGACAACAAGUUUCCUUUGCACCUUGUCAAAGGCGAAGAACAUGGGAGUGAUAUUGCGAUGUUUAUAGAAUUUGCUCAGAAAAGAAUUGGGAUAAAACCACGACUCAUAACUCCGGACACUCUCCGGCUCAUCCCAGAUCCCUCCCAGUCUGGGAAAAGGGGAUACAAGCUGUGCUGCCUCGCUGAACCAGAUGCUGUUGAAACAAUCACCACCGAGUCCGGCGAGGUCGUGGAAGAGAUUCACCAGAUUUCUCUCGAACUUCACCAGCGGGAGAUCAAUGCUCUUGAUCCGGAGAUGAAACGUCAGAUCAGCCUGCGGUGUUUCAACGAUAUGCGAACUAUCCUACUUGCCCAUGAUAAGAGAAUGCUGGGACUUGUUCUUGAAGAACUCACCAAUUUAGUCUUCAGGAACAUCAUCACUUCUAAACAGGCGGAAUGGCUUCAGCGAGGCUUAGCUCACACGAUUCUACCGGGGUCGACAGCCUUGGACGAAUUUAUCGAGAAUUGCAAAGCCUCGAAUGUGUUCCAAAACGACUACCUUCUGAAACCGAUCAGAGAUGGAAAAGGAGCUGGUAUCUUGUUUGGUGAUGAAGUGAAUCACUCCGACUGGCUAGCCCUGCUGGAGCCGAUGCGAUGUCCGAGACUGGGACCUGGGAAGACCCUCUACGUUGUGCAGCGCAAAGUUCACCAACCAUAUUAUGACGUGCCCUUGGGAUCCAAGGCCAAGCCAGAGCGCUGCCAUAUGGUUGGGACCUAUCAUGCAGUUAAUGGUCACUACCUUGGACUCGGAGCUUGGCGCUGUGGUCCCGGAAGAUUAUGUGCUGUAUCUAACGGGGCCACCUGGAUAUGUUCAGUAAAGGAGCGUUCCUAG